AUGUUGCAGAAAGCUUUUGUGUCGCUGACCAAAAGCUUAUUAUCAUCAAGCCUUAAUGAUAGACCCCCCUCUGCACGCCGCGCCACACGACAUGCUCACGAACGAUACGAAUACGCCUACAACGUCUACGCCGGUUCAGCGCAAAUGCAAUUCAUCAUAUCAGUUGAGCCCGUCCAUGGAACCCCAACACCAGGAAAAUUUACCUUGUCCCUUUCCCUCAAAGUCAACAAAAUGUCACGCUCCCUUGCUGAACCUGUAACUCUCAAACUCAGCGUGGAUCCCCGACAAUUAAAUUUCGCCGUCUUCCUUGUUCCUGGAAAAACAAGCUUACCCGUGGGCACGCUCUUCUCAUACCGCGUCUGGCUGCGAGUCGGCGAUUUCUGCCAUCGCCUAUUCGGAGAAGAUGACCUCUGGAUAGGGAAAGAUCCGGAUUUCUCGAGCAUUGCCGAUGCGUCGUUCGCACGGUUAAGACGGGUGCUUGCUAGUCAUGAAGUAUAUGAAGCGCUCGUUGGGAGGGCCAAAGUACAAUUUAUCAUUCGAUGGCAUCGCGUUAGUGAAGGCGUGUAUGAUUAUUCCAUGGAGUAUGAGUGCUGUGGGGUAGGAGCCGUGCUUUUUGAAGAUCUACGACUAAAACUUGAGUGUGAUCCGAGAGAGGUGACAUUUUGCAUUUACACCGUUCCAUUGAAAUCCCUACCCGUUGGGGCAUCACAUCGAUUACGGGUCUGGCUCAAAACUUUCUCUGGCGGACAACCAUCACAGAUUACCACACAAAACAUUAUGCCCUUCACCGACUCGCAUGUCUACCAGCGAGUGUGGAAAUCGGACACCCUGAAAAUCGGUGCACGACUCGACUUCGAUGCACUGGGUAGCAAAAUGACGAUGGGCUACAUGCAGGGCGGCCCAAAGACUGUGGCCACCACGAUAAGCUCAAGCGUCAAGAAACGAUUUGGAUACACGGGCGUCAUUGGAGAAGAAGUCAAUGAGCCAGUGGAAAUAUGA